ACCUGUAUUAAUUUUUUCUGGCCAACAAAAAUAACCAGUACCUUUUCUCUCUCUCUCAUUCUCUUUGAUUACAAGUCAUUCAAAAAAAGCCUCUCCAAUCAUUUCAUUUCUUCUUCUUCUUCUUUUCAAAUAUUCAAUACCCAAUUAUUUACCACCCUUUUGUUUUUUUUGGGCUCUCUUCUAUCAAACAAAAACAUUGAAUUGAAAUAAAAAAGAGUCUCUUAAAUUCUUGGGAUCAAAAGAAUAUUUAUAUAUAAAAAAUGGCAUGUUCAGAACAGUUAAUGGUGUCGGGUUCAGGGUCAGGGUCAGGGUCAGGGUCAAUGCCCCGGUACGUCCAAAUGCAAACGGAGCCGUCCGGUUCCAUGGCGUCGUCGCUUAUCUCUCCACGCGCCGACGCAACUCCGAUUUUCGACGAGUUGCCGGAGGCCACCAUCGUCUCCGUCUCUCGCCCCGACCCGGGUGAUUUCAGCCCCAUGCUUCUCACUUACACCAUCGAAUUCCAAUACAAACAAUUCAAGUGGCGCUUGGUGAAGAAAGCUUCACAUUUAUUCUAUUUGCAUUUCAAUUUGAAGAAGCGUGCAAUUAUCGAGGAAAUUCAAGAAAAGCAGGAGCAGGUUAAAGAAUGGCUUCAAAAUCUAGGAAUCGGUGAAAAUACAGCCGUGGAGCAAGACGAUGAUGAGCAUGAUGAUGGGACUGUUCCUUUGCAUCAUGAAGAUAGUUUUAAAAAUAGAGAUGUUCCGUCUAGUGCUGCUCUGCCGAUUAUUCGGCCAGCCUUGGGAAGGCAACAUUCCAUUUCAGAUAGAGCAAAGGUUGCAAUGCAAGGGUAUUUGAAUCACUUUCUUGGGAACUUGGAUAUUGUGAACUCCAGAGAGGUUUGCAAGUUUUUGGAGGUUUCAAGGUUAUCAUUCUUACCAGAGUAUGGUCCUAAACUGAAGGAAGAUUAUGUGAUGGUGAAGCAUCUACCAAAAAUUUUGAAGGAUGAUGAUGAUUCGAGAAAAUGUUGUGCAUGCUGUUGUUUCAGUUGUUGUAAUGACAAUUGGCAAAAGGUUUGGGCUGUAUUGAAACCUGGAUUCUUGGCCUUGCUGGAGGAUCCUUUUCAUACCCAACCUCUAGAUAUAAUUGUUUUUGAUGUACUGCCUGCCUCAGAUGGGAAUGGAGAGGGUCGAGUCUCGCUAGCAAAAGAAAUAAAGGAACGGAAUCCUUUACGCCAUGCUUUUAAGGUGACUUGUGGAAUCCGGAGCGUUAAGAUUAGAGGCAAGAAUGGUGCUAAAGUUAAAGACUGGGUCGCUGCAAUCAAUGAUGCUGGACUAAGGCCUCCUGAAGGCUGGUGUCAUCCUCACCGCUUUGGCUCUUUUGCUCCUCCAAGGGGUUUGGCUGAAGAUGGUAGUCAGGCUCAGUGGUUUGUAGAUGGUCGAGCUGCAUUCGAAGCUAUAGCUUCUUCUAUUGAAGAUGCAAAAUCUGAGAUAUUUAUUUGUGACUGGUGGCUGUGCCCAGAACUGUAUCUACGGCGUCCUUUUCAUGCUCAUGCUUCAUCCAGGCUUGACGCUUUGCUGGAGGCAAAGGCUAAGCAAGGGGUUCAGAUUUAUAUUCUUCUCUACAAAGAGGUUGCCAUUGCUUUGAAAAUCAACAGCGUCUAUAGCAAGAGAAAGCUUCUUAGUAUUCAUGAGAAUGUGAGGGUACUGCGUUAUCCUGACCACUUUUCUAGUGGUGUUUACUUAUGGUCCCAUCAUGAGAAGCUUGUCAUUGUAGAUUACCAGAUAUGUUUUAUUGGAGGACUGGAUCUAUGCUUUGGUCGUUAUGAUACAUCUGAGCACAAGGUGGGGGAUUGUCCUCCAUUGAUAUGGCCUGGAAAGGACUACUAUAACCCAAGGGAAUCUGAACCAAAUUCAUGGGAAGAUACAAUGAAAGACGAAUUGGAUCGUGAAAAAUAUCCUCGCAUGCCUUGGCAUGAUGUUCAUUGUGCUCUUUGGGGACCACCAUGUCGUGACAUAGCUAGGCACUUUGUUCAGCGCUGGAACUAUGCAAAGAGAAAUAAAGCUCCAAAUGAGCAAGCAAUCCCAUUACUUAUGCCUCAGCACCACAUGGUUAUUCCACAUUACAUGAGAAAAAACAGAGAGGGGGAGAUCGGGGGUAAGAAUUUUCAAAAUUAUAAUGACCUUAGAAGACAGGAUUCCUUUUCUGCAAGAUCAUCAUUACAAGAUAUCCCACUUCUCUUGCCACAAGAAACUGAUGGGCUCAAUGCUCCUAAUGGAGAACCGAAAUUAUAUGGUUCAGACUUUACUACUAAUCUCCUUGAUCAGCCAAGCAAGGGUACCAGUGGUCUGCCUUUCUCUUUUCGGAAGUCCAAAAUUGAACCAGUAGGUCCAGAUACACCGUUGAAGGGAUUUGUAGAUGACUUUAGAUCCCUAGAUCAUCAUGGGAAAGCACUUUCAGAUAGGGUGGCACAGCCUCACAUGAAAAGUUCAGAUCCAGAGUGGUGGGAAACUCAAGAACGGGGUGAUCAAGGUGGAUUUGCUGAUGAAUCUGGUCAAGUUGGUCCUCGUGCUUCGUGCCGUUGUCAGGUAAUUAGAAGUGUCAGUCAGUGGUCUGCUGGAACAAGCCAAACUGAAGAGAGCAUUCACAAUGCUUAUUGCUCUCUUAUCGAGAAAGCAGAACACUUCAUCUACAUUGAGAAUCAAUUUUUCAUAUCAGGUCUCUCGGGAGAUGAGAUAAUACGUAAUCGCGUGUUGGAAGCGUUAUAUCGGCGUAUUAUGCGAGCAUACAAUGAUAAGAAGUGUUUUAGGGUUAUAGUUGUCAUACCACUUCUACCGGGUUUCCAGGGGGGUGUUGAUGACGCGGGUGCAGCAUCUGUGAGAGCCAUAAUGCAUUGGCAGUAUCGAACCAUUUGCAGAGGAAAUAAUUCGAUAUUUCAUAAUCUCUAUGAUCUUCUUGGUGUUAAAACACAUGAUUACAUUUCUUUCUAUGGCCUCAGAGCUUAUGGUAAACUCUUUGAUGGUGGUCCUGUAGCCUCCAGUCAGGUGUAUGUGCACAGUAAAAUUAUGAUAGUUGAUGAUUGUAUAGCAUUGCUUGGAUCAGCUAAUAUUAAUGAUAGGAGUUUGCUUGGCUCAAGAGAUUCUGAGAUUGGUGUGCUUAUCGAGGACAAAGAGCCAGUUAAUUCAUAUAUGGGAGGCAAACCAUGGAAGGCCGGAAAGUUUUCUCUUUCUCUUCGUAUGUCACUGUGGUCUGAACACCUUGGUCUUCGCACAGGAGAGAAUGAUCAAAUAACUGAUCCUGUUGUUGAUUCCACUUACAAGGAUAUUUGGAUGGCCACUGCAAAGACAAAUACCGCAAUUUACCAAGAUGUAUUUUCUUGCAUACCUAGUGAUCUUAUACAUACAAGAGCUGCACUCAGACAAAGCACAGCCUCCUGGAAAGAGAAACUUGGCCAUACUACUAUUGAUUUAGGAAUAGCACCUGAGAAGUUAGAAUCCUAUCAAAAUGGAGAUGUUAAGAAAACUGAUCCCAUGAAGAGGUUAGAGGCAGUGAGGGGUCAUCUUGUUUCUUACCCCCUGGAUUUCAUGUCCAAAGAAGAUUUAAGACCUGUGUUCAAUGAGAGUGAGUAUUAUGCAUCUUCUCAAGUUUUUCAUUAGGUAUAUAGUCACACCCUUUUUUUUGUGGGUUGCGGGGGCUCAAUGUUGUAUAUCAAUUUUUUGAUCCAUUUUUAUAUCAACUUUGUACAACAAAUAUGAGAGAGAGAGAGAGAGAGAUUUUUUGAUCAUUCUUAUAUCAACUUUGUACAACAAAUAUAUAUGAGAGAGAGAGAGAGAGAGAGAGAGGGCUCUACUCGUGGAAGCCUAUUACUGAUUGUAUCUAUGACUAAUAAUUGUUGUACAGAAUUUUAUAAGUCAUAGGGUCCGUUUGGAUACAACUGAAAACUGAAAA